AUGGUAGAAAGUUUUAAAAAUUUUUCAAAAUUUCAUUUUUUUGCCUCAAACAUUGAUUUAAGAGAUGGAAAAGAUUUUUUAUAUUUUUAUGAAGGAUACAAAAAGAAGGAUAUCAAAAAGAAUAAAGAUAUAACUUUUUCUCAUAGUUGUACAGGAAAAGGUCAAUGUCAAUAUUAUAGUUCUAAUGAUAAAUUAAUAAUAAGAUUUAAAUCAGCUCCUGGAUAUCCUUCUCAUUAUGGUUUUCAAGGAAGGAUUAGUAUUUAUCAACCCGGUUUUAUAAAUAUUAUUAGUAAUAAUGUGACACUUAUUAUUGCAUUUCUUCUUGUAAUCCUUAUAUUUGCCAUUUUUAUUUUAACUAUCAUAUAUAUUACAAGAAAAAAUUCUCAUACUAACAAGCCAAAGUUGGAAGAAAAGUUAUUGUCAGGAGAUGUCAAACAAAAUAACACUUAA